CUUUAUUUGCAUAAAAGACGUAUAAAAGGAGAGACUCUAGACACGAGCUCUUAUUUAAGUGCUUUCAUUCGUACUGUUCUUAUUUUCUGACAAUAUGCCUGAGCCAGCCAAGUCAGCUCCUGCUCCGAAGAAGGGCUCCAAGAAGGCUGUGACCAAGGCCCAAAAGAAAGAUGGGAAGAAGCGCAAGCGCAGCCGUAAGGAGAGCUACUCCGUGUACGUGUACAAAGUGCUGAAACAGGUUCACCCCGAUACCGGUAUCUCAUCGAAGGCCAUGGGCAUCAUGAAUUCCUUUGUAAACGACAUCUUCGAGCGCAUCGCAGGCGAGGCUUCCCGCCUGGCGCACUACAACAAGCGCUCCACCAUCACCUCCAGGGAGAUCCAGACGGCCGUGCGACUGCUGCUUCCCGGAGAGCUGGCCAAGCACGCGGUGUCUGAAGGUACCAAGGCUGUCACCAAGUAUACAAGCUCCAAGUAAAUGUGUGCUUAGGCACUUUAGAACUCAAAGGCUCUUUUCAGAGCCACUCAAGUCUCACAUAAAGAGCAUUAAU